ACUUAAAAUUAUGGUAAUCACUGUCAGACAUUAUGCAAAAACUUCCUGACAAUUUCAUAAAGGAACGAUAUAAGAAGGAUGAACGAUAUAUCAUAGUUUAUGAUACUUACAGACCGAAUUACAAUGAAACGAAUGUGACUGCAAAAUUUUAUUCGAAAUAUGAAGGACACUUGGACACCGAAGCUAGUCCCGCCAUUUUGGAAAAUUUGAAAAGAGCCAACGAUUAUGGCCCCAAAGAGAAAUUGGCUUGGCCCGAAACUGAGAAUCAUUGGUAUGGAUGGUAUAGUGAUCCACUAGUAGAGCUAGAGAGAAGUGAUGGAAGACUAUAUUUCCCCAGAGCAUCUACCGAAAUGACAAGACAUGGCUUGAAAAUUCUGCAGACUAAUAAAAAAAGCAAAAAAUAAUAAAUAAUGUAUCACUUUUUAAUGCCCCCUCCCCCC